AUGGUGUAUUCCUGGGACGACAAGGAAGCCAUUUGCUAUCGGCUCUAUGUCGAGGAGCGGAGGAGUCUAGAGGAGGUCAUUUGUUACUGGGAGAUUCGCGGUUUUACACCCAGCAAGCAGAACCCAGCCUACAAGAAUUCCGCCCUUGUCGCCCGAGUCCGCGCAUUAUGGGCGUCGAAUUAUACGCAAAAGGACAUGGUCGAUACGCUGCAGGCUGAGGGCUUUCAAAUCAACGACCGCGAAUUGCUGCGCCUGCGUCUGAGGCUCAAACUGCUGCUUCGUGAGUGCGGGACAAGAGCUAAGAGGACAGAUGGACGGGUAAAGAAGACGAAGCCAAAGAAAAAGGCAAAGGUCAUGCCUGGUAAAGGCAUCGUCAACCAGAUAGGGAAUGCGAUACUGGCCGACUCUUCGAGCGAGGACGGGAGCGACGAUGACGACGAGAACGACGAGGAGCCCGAGGCCACGCGACCACAAGAUCCUGAUCAGUCCGUCGAAGAAGCGCGACCCAUAAUCCCCGAACCCGAUACCGUCGGCCUGAGUCCUGAAGAAGUGCUGCGAAAGCAACUCCGCCAGCAGCAACUUCAAGCCGAGAGCGACGAGAAGUGGCGCACACGGAAGCGGCGACGUAGAACGCGCGGAUGGGCUGGGCUUCCAGCAGAUGCGCCUGGCGAGCCACCCCGAUUUCCGUCCGAGACUACUAUCGACGAAGCCAAGGCCUAUCUUGAGCUGGACAAUAACAUGUAUCGCCAACUGAGAGAGCGCUUCUCCGACAUUUGCAGGGAGCAGGAUGUGGCCAAGAAGACUCUUGCGGGCCCAGAGAAGUGGGCGCUCAUUGUACAACAGCUCAUUCGGGAGAAUGUACAUUUGACCACCAUGUUCCAAGAGGAGCCCGAGGUGAUGCAAACCUAUGAUGCGCUAUUUCGACCGAGAAGUCAGAGAGCGCUGGCUUUAGAUGUCAUCUGCAUGGAUGUCACGAAGCGCUUACGGACGAUGGAUACACGCAUGUCGCUUGCUGACGCGAAGAACCUACUUGGUCUCAACCCAGAACAGACACGUCAAGUACGAAGCGUAUUUGCGGAGAAACUCAAGGCCGUCCACUUUACCAACAAGCACGAGGCGGGCAAGGUACAGUGGGCAGAGCUGAAGCAGGCUUGGAUCAACGAUUCCGAGUACCUGAUCAAAGCACUCGCGGAUGGGGAAGAGCAUCCAGACUAUGCGCAAAAGCUAAAGGCUUUAGAUGUCAUGGCACGUGAUGUGAUCAAGAGGCAACAGCAGGAGAAAACUUCGAAGAAUCCAAACAAGAAGAAGCAGAUUCACCAAGGACCCGGACCUGGACCUGCACCGCCAAUCGUAGCUCCACAUCCAACGAUCCUAAAGCUCCGACAUACAAAAGGUGCUACCAGAGAAGGUAUACCACAAAAUACAUUUACGGCUCCAGAACCAGCUCCACAUACCGACCUCCAAAUCGACCCGUCCCUCCUACUAGCCGCAAGCGACGCCGCCAUACACCCCCUAUCCGACUACCAACCCCACCACCACUACCAAGACCACCACUACCGCGCAGCACAGCCCGCCCCAUACUCCUCCGCCCAACCCAUUGUCCCCCAGCAGCAACAACAACAAUACUACCCCUCGCUAGGCACCGCCGUCCUCCCCCUCCCCAUUUACCUCCGCCUCCACCCCCACUCCUCGAUCCUCUUCCCCGUAAAGACCGUCUGGCUCUCCCUCCUGCACACGCCGUCCGUCGUCGAACUGCGCAGCCUGGUUACCCGCGAACACCCCGGUACCCACAUCCAUAAGCUCGAGGGCCUUAUUCAAUAUCGCGGCGUUGGCAAGGAUAAAGACGUCUAUGUCAAGGUUACCGAUGAUGAGGAGUUGUGUGCGUAUUUGAGGCAUGUAGUGGGUGAGGAGGGAGGCGGUGAGGUUGGAGGGAAACCGACGUUUGUGGCGUUGUUGGCGCCUGGUGGUGGUGGGAGUGGCGAGUUUUGUGGAGGGGGUUAG